AUCUCAUUCUGCAACCGAUGUUCCUCAGUUCCAAGCCCUUUUUCCCUUCAACAGCAACUUCAUUCCGAUUAGCCUGGACUUCGAUUUCCCUCCUCUACCCGGAAACAAGGACCGUAUAGCCGAAGGCUUGAUUGGGACAUGGAAGUGGCGGCGGGUUCACUUGGAAAAAGCUGGGAAAGCUGGAAUACUGUAACCGGAAAACUGGGUGAUGGUGUAUUAUUCCCUUGUCUGGAGAAGAUGGUAUUCUGGAUAUGGUCCAAGGAAGCGGUAAUUCGGAUCGAGGGCCGUUCUGUUCCUUGAAAAGGAUGGUAUGGGUUGCCUAAUGAACCUAGCUGAAAACGGCGCCCGCCCGCAUAUUGUACGUAAAUUUAUAUUUAGCCGAAAACGAUCACCGCCCGGAUAUAUGAAGGCUAGAUAGAUACAGAAUUUCCAAAAAUUGGCUUUGCCACCUUCCCUUUCCUUCUUUCCCAACACUAGCCAGAGCUAUCCACUCAAGAUUUAAGGAGGUACAGAUCCUUGCAACUGCGGGGCAUUCGUGUUCUGGCACAAAGGUUUGGGAAUGACUCAGAGAGACUGGGUGGUAACUAUAACAUGACCAACACUAGCUACUCCAGCGUGUCCGGCACAACCGGCUUUUGGUAACUCCAGGAGACACAUACAAAAUCAAUAAGCGCGCUAAAUUUUAAGACAUAAUGCCCACUCUAAGGGAUAAGUCGUCCAAAUCAGCAUAGCAGGGUUGAUAAUUUGCUCCGUUCCCUCCACUUUCAAAUGAUGUGUGUCGAGCAUUGCC